AUACGCGCACAUUGCGAGCGCUCACGAUCACCCAAAUUGGCAAAAUGGCGGAAUUUGAUCUGACUGCGAAGAUUGGCCAAUAUUUGGAUAGACAUCUUGUUUUUCCAUUGUUGGAGUUUUUAUCGGUUCAAGAAAUAUACGAUGAGAAGGACAUGCUGCAAGGCAAGCUGGAUCUCCUCAGCAACACAAACAUGGUUGAUUUUGCCAUGGACGUGUACAAAACCCUCAAUGAAGAUCAAGAGGUUCCACAAACUUUGAAAGAGAAGCGUGCCGAUGUGGUGAACCAGCUGAAGCGACUCCAGCAGGACACCGAGCCCAUCAUCAAGAUCUUUGAGAAUGCGGAUGUACGAGAACACAUCCAGUCCGCCAGAGACAGCAGGCAACUCUUUGAAUACCUCGAGAAGAACCAUGGGUUUAAACAUGACAAUUUGAGCCUUCUGUACGACUAUGCUAAGUUCCAGUACGAUUGUGGCAACUAUUCAGGAGCCUCGGAAUACCUCUACUUCCACAGGACACUGGUCCCACCCUCCGAUCCUAAGUCUACUAGUUCUCUAUGGGGCAAGCUAGCCUCGGAAAUUCUCAUGCAGAACUGGGAAGGGGCACUAGAAGAUCUCAACAAGCUACAAGAGGUCAUCGACCCUGUAGAUAAAAUGGACUCGCACUUCAUCACACCGUUGCAGUCCCUACAGCAGAGGACGUGGUUGAUUCAUUGGAGUCUCUUCGUAUACUUCAACCAUCCUGAAGGGAGGGAUCUAAUCAUUGACAAGUUCCUCUACCAACCAGCAUACCUGAACGCAAUCCAGACCAUGUGUCCUCACAUCCUGCGUUACCUGACAACGGCUGUCAUCACCAACAAGAGCAGGAGGAGAUCGGUACUCAAAGAUCUAGUCAGAGUUAUACAACAGGAAUCCUACACAUACCGAGAUCCCAUCACAGAGUUUGUAGAAUGCCUCUAUGUUAACUUUGACUUUGAUGGAGCACAGCAGAAGCUCAGGGAAUGUGAAAAGGUGCUUGUCAACGACUUCUUCUUGGUCGCCUGUCUUCAAGACUUCAUCGAGAAUGCUAGACUCUUCAUCUUUGAGACAUUCUGUCGCAUCCACAAUUGCAUCAGCAUCAACAUGCUUGCGGAAAAGCUGAACAUGCUUCCGGAUGAAGCAGAGAGGUGGAUCGUCAACUUAAUCAGGAAUGCAAGGCUAGAUGCCAAGCUUGACUCAAAAUUGGGUCACGUCGUCAUGGGAACCCAGAGUGUAUCGCCAUACCAACAGGUGAUUGAGAAGACCAAGAACCUGAUCCAUAGAAACCAGCUCCUAGCUGUCAGUUUAGAGAAGAAAGAGAACCAGCUCAAACAGCUAUCCAACGCACAACAGAACCCAGAAGUAAAACCUUGGGCCCCGGAGAACUACUGAGGGCACUAUCACCCACCAACCGUCUAGAGCAGAGAUCACAUAAUUUAUUUAUCCCCAUCUAUGUUACGUCAGGAUCGUAGCAUAAGUUUAGUCAAAAUUAUGAAGAUUCAAAGUUUCUCUCACUUUGUCUUCACUUCUCUGGUAUUAGGUAUUGUAAUUGAUAUUUUCAUGAUGGAAUGUGUGUAGGGGAGAUCUGGUUGAGUUAAGCAAAUUAUUUGUAUUCAAUUCCGAUCCCUACAUUUUUUUCGUAUACAACACUGUAGCACCUUUUCCUUGUACAGUCAAACCUGCUUUAGUGACCACCUGUCUACAAAGACCACCUGUCUACAAAGACCACCUGUCUACAAAG